UUCACAGAAGUCUUGCUGAUUCACUGCUUCGCGCAGACACAGGAGGAGGGGGUUGGGGGGGAAACACGCACAAGAAACAGUCAGUGGGAAACAUGCAGCGCUAGUUGGACCUUGUCAAGUGGUCACCAGACUAUGGAGGAAGAUAAGUUGUAGGACAUCCUACCUUUGCUGCUCUUGGCUUUCUGCCGCAGCUUCGACUGUGAAACUAAUCCUAGAUCCGCCUCCUCUCUCUCUCUCUCUCUCUCUCUCGCGCUCUUUACAUCGGGGACCGCGUUUAAGAAAUGUAACGGGAGCCUUUCACUCGGGGAGCAUCGUCCUGAGGAGCCCGCUGCCGGACAGAGGACCUUCUGUUACUAUGCUUUAACCGCGGCGCUGAGAGACGGCUGCCCGCCCGAGUUAAUAUGCAGUAAGUUGUCGCUGACUGCCGGUGAACGGGAAUGGACCUCGGGAACGCAAGUGGGACCAGGUGUAGAUCCCACUAGAGCGCAGUCCGACCUAGGAACGGGUUGGAGGAUUCACCGGGACCCGGAGAUAUACUGACUGACAUCGGAGGAACACUUGUUAUCCCGCACAUCAGGCCGGCAUUGCUCUCUGUGCUGCAGCACAUGGAUUUCAGGAUUGCGGCUGAGGAGACAAAGACAGGAAUUUGUUUGCUCCAAGAUGGUUCUGAAGAGCCCUUUGAAGUGCGAUUGCACUUAGCAAAGGACAUUUUAACAAUUCAGGAGCAAGACGUUAUCAAUGUGUCAAGCGAAGCCUUCUAUUCCAGUGAAAGAACUGUUACAAUUAGAAGACAGGCGAUUGGUGGAUUUGGACUGAGCAUAAAGGGUGGAGCAGAGCACAAUAUUCCAGUCAUAGUUUCAAAAAUCUCAAAAGAACAAAGAGCUGAUCUAUCCGGUUUACUGUUUAUCGGAGAUGCUAUCCUUCAGAUAAAUGGAAUAAAUGUUAGAAAUUGCAAACAUGAAGAAGUGGUUCAAGUUUUGCGCAAUGCUGGAGAGGAAGUAACUCUUACAGUGUCAUUUCUAAAAAGAGCACCUGCCUUCCUGAAGCUUCCACUGUAUGAAGACUGCACAUGUCUCCCCAGUGAUCAGAGCAGUGGCACAUCUUCUCCACUUUGCGACAGUGGAUUACAUCUUAACUAUCACCCUAACAAUACAGAUUCAUUGUCAUGUUCUUCAUGGCCGACAUCUUCAGGUCAGAAGUGGGAGAAGAGAUGGUGUGAUCUGCAGUUAAUUCCUCUCCUUCAUUCUCGUCUGUCACAUCAUAUUCCAGGAACUGAUAUUUCCAGGCAGAAUGCAUUUCAAGUCAUUGCUGUGGAUGGAGUGUGCAGCGGUGUUAUUCAGUGCCUCACUGGUGAAGACUGCGUAGAUUGGCUGCAAGCACUUGCAAUUAAUAUAUCCAACCUUACCAAGCACAAUAUUAAAAAGAUAAACAGAAAUUUUCCAGUAAAUCAACAGAUAAUCUACAUGGGCUGGGUGGAAGACCGGGACCCAGAUUCGCUACAGGAAAAGCUAUAUACACCAAAGUAUCUAGCCGUGAGAGGCGCUUGCUUAUACACAUUUGCAACACCUCCAGUGACGACGUGGGAUUGGACGAAAGCUGUGAAAAGCUACACCAUUUAUGAAAUAAUGUGCAAAAUCCUUAAGGACAGUGAUCUGUGGGAUCGCCGAAAGCACUGUUUUAGUGUUCAGACAGAAACUGGAGAGGACCUAGUCUUCAGCGUGGAAUUAGAAUAUGAACUCAUUCUCUGGGAAAAGGCAUUUCAGACAGCAACUUUCUUGGAGGUGGAACGAAUACAGUGCAAGACCUAUGCCUGUGUGCUAGAGAGUCAUCUCAUGGGACUGACAAUAGACUUCAACUUGGGUUUUGUUUGCUUUGAUGCUGCAUCAAAGGCUGUUAUCUGGAGAUACAAAUUUUCACAGCUGAAGGGUUCUUCAGAUGAUGGCAAAAGCAAGAUUAAGUUUUUAUUCCAGAGUAUUGACAUUAAACAAAUUGAAGCAAAGGAGCUAGAAUUUUCCAACCUUUUUGCUGUAUUGCAUUGUAUACACUCCUUCCUUGCUGCCAAAGUAGCUUGUCUGGACCCUCUCUAUGUUGGAAGUCAGACUGGCGCUGGGAAGAUCAAGUACAAUAACUGACAAACCCCUGUCUUUCUAACCAGUUUUGGAGAGUCAUUACUGUUGAAGAUAAAUAUUUAAUACAGUUCAGCCAUGUGAGAUUUCAAUGCAAGGCUCCUAUUUCAGGAGAAGAUGUGUCAGUUACAAUUGCUCUCCUCGGUUAUAAUUGCUCCGAAGUUGUAAACUAUUACUGAAUGAGAUGGACUGAAAUCGCACAGGCUGCAGCCACUGUAUGAAAUGAAGUGAAUUCUCAAGGGAACACAGACAUGAUCGUUUUUCCCAUUUUAUUCCUGAGCUCAAGCUUCCUCAUGGAUUCUAACCUGAAGAUUGUCACGGCAAACUUCUUGAACGACGAGAGUCAUUGAAGCAAUUAAUGUACACGUUUCUUAAAGGACAUAUCUCUGCAUAAGCAACCCAGCAAUCAACUGUACAUCUGUAGUUCCAAAGAUGGAAGUUUUUAACAAUUUGCAAGAUGUUUAAAUGUAACAGACAUGAGGUUUAUGCAAGAUAAUAAUAAUAGGAAUAUGAUAAAUGGAAAUUAAGAAUUCAAAUGGACAAAUGUGGAUCAUUUUUAUGUAAAAUAAUUUUUGUAGUGAAAAUGCACUUAUUUUUACAAUACGCCCUGAGUGUUUACUGUUUCAAUGUUAAGUCUCUGAAAUAUUGAAAUCUGAACGUGUGAACAACAUAAUCAGAAGUUAUUCAAUGUUGUAGAUAAAAAUAAUAAUUUAAUCUUCUGUGAACAAUUGUCAAAAGCUGCUAAGAUUUAGCUAACAUUUCUCUAUUAUGACCAGCAUUACCUAAACUAUAGACUAAUUUUAAUUCAUUAAGAAAUAUACCUGUUCAAUUGCAUAUGUAACUGUACAUUUUGAAGUACGACCAUUCUGAUAAAAACAGCUAGUGAAAUUUUAACAAUA